AUGAAUUUGUCUAACUCAUUUUCAAAGCAAAACUCAAAGCGAAAUGUGGAGUUUAAAAGAAAAACUAUGUAUAUAUUCUUUUACACAAAACAAAUCGAACGUCAUAACUGACGUCAUGAUAAAUAAGAAUAUUUUAUCUCUAUUUAGUGAAGAUAAUUUAAUAAAUUGAGUGGAUUAUUAUAUAAUUAUCACAAUAAUUAUUAUUUUUUUAAAUAAUGCAAUACAUUUUUCCUUAUAUCUAAUUUUUUAUAUACAAUUACAUUAACUAUGUUUAUUCUUAUUAUUAUAAUUAUAUUAUCUAUUAUUUUUAUCUUAAUAAAGAUGUCUGCAAAGUGUUACGAAUAGUAAAAGAUAAUUAUUUUGUUACAUUUUGUUCGACAUUAGAACUAUCAAUGACAAGUACUAAAUUUGCACUAUAGGAAUUGAAAUGAAAGAUAUAUAAAAAAGUAUGUAACAUAAAAAAAGUAAAAUUUUAUUUAUGUUUUAUAAAGAAAAUCUUCCCUAAAUUCUUAAAAAUUCAAUAUUACAAAUUUACAAAAUUUAUAAAAGUUCUAAAUAUUGACCAUUCAUUAAUAUCUUAGCAUUAAUAUCUUCAUAUUUUUCGAAAUAAAGUCGAAGAUCCACGAUUCUAAUUAUAAGAUACAAAAUGCUAAUUUUUUAAACAUAACCUCUUAGGUAAAAAGAUGUUGAUAUAUAUAAGAUAAGUAAACAUAUUUAUUCCAUUUAACUAAAGGUAUUAAAUUUAAGAGCUCAAUUUGGACAUUUUCUGUAGUAAGUUGUACCUAAAAAUAAGUAUUAUAAUUCACUAACAAUUACCAACCAAUAAUAUCACGUGACUGGCUAUGUUUACUUCUCCUGACUCGAUUACUUGAGCAGAUUAUAGUUUCUUAUUGUUAUUCGUAAAGUAUUCUUUUUGUAAAGUAUAGACUUAAAGUAAUAAGUAAUAUAUUAAUUUUUAAGAAAUAUGAGUCGUCACCCAAAUACAGAUAAAAAAAGUAGCGAACCUCAAGUUGAAUUGGAAAGUCAAUUUAUUUUACGUUUGCCACCAGUAAGUACACUUUAAUAUUUAAUCUCAGUUAUUUAAAAUAAUAAAACAAAUGUAAUUUUAUUAACAAUAUGUAAUUUUAAAUACAACUAAAAUGUAUGAUUUAAUUAUUUAAGGAACCAUCACGUGUUUUACGAGAAACAUUACGGAAUGGGUUGUCCUUAAAAGAUAGGUUAAGUAUAAAAUUAGAAAAUGAUAUGCGUUAUGGUGAAGUUAGAUUCGAUCAUUGGCUCCUUCACGGAAAGAUGUUAAUUUGCAAAGAAGAAGAUGAUCAUACUACUACGGAUGAAGAAUCUCCAGUUAGACAAAAGAAAAAAGAUCCCAAUAAAGUAGAUAAGAAAUUUCUAUGGCCACAUGGUAUAACUCCCCCUACCAAAAAUGUGAGACGCAGAAGAUUUAGAAAAACCCUGAAGAAGAAAUAUGUAGAAGCACCAGAAAUUGAGAAAGAAGUUAAACGUUUAUUAAGAGUAGAUAAUGAUGCAGUUAGUGUCAAAUGGGAAGUGAUAUGCGAGGAUGAGGAUCAAUCAAAACCAAGCAAAGUCUCAUCAUCUGGUACAGUGAAGACUAAGAGGGAAAGUAUCAAUGGUAACACAUCGCAAAGUUUUGAUGUUGCGGAACAUGAUAUAUUUGGUGAACCUGUAAGUGAUAGUGAAGAAGAUGAUGAGGAAGCAAAUAUAAAUGUAAUGGAAUUGGAUGAAAAUAGUCGGCUUUCUGCAGACAGUAGAGUAUCAGAUUCUAAUUCUAUGCAAGCUGCAUAUUCAGAAAAACCUAGCAAUAUUGAAACAAAUGGUAGGCUUUGCACAGUAUUCAGCAAAGAAAUGUUUCAAAAUGAUAAUAAUGUAGAAGCAGAAGCAGAAAAGCCAGAAGAUACAUCUUCGUCAAAAGUAACUAAAGUCGAACAAUUCCAUUCAGAAUAUAUAAUUUCAGAAAACUUUUCAGAAUCUCCUUCUGCUUCAGCAUCAAAAGAUUCACUGCAAACGCGUCUUGCGACUUUACACGCGGAAUUAGCCGAACUGCGACAAAGAAGACAACAGCAAGAGCUUGCAAUAGCUAAUAUUGAAAACGUUAAAUUGCGGCAAAGACUUCAAGAAAUAUUGGACAAUUUAUUAACGCAAGAAAUGCAAAAAGUUCAAGAGAUUCAAGACUUAGAAUUAAGAUAAUGUCAAUACAUGUAGUUAUAAUAAAUUAAAUAUGAUACGAAAUAUUCAUGAAGUUCCUUGCAAUGAGAGAUCAAAACUAUUUAUUCUAUUACUUCAUUUUCAAUCUCCUAAUGUAAUAUGUAUAUGUAUAUAAUUUUAUUAUUUAUUAUAUAUAUAAAGUUAUACUUUGUCUUAUUUUACAUAUUCUUAAUACGUACAUAAAAAUAUACAAAAUAUUAAAUAUAAA